AUGUACAACAUCGAGGUGGACGGCCUCGGCUACAUUGGUCCCGUGUAUACGUGGCCCGACAAGCAGGGCAUUCGGCGCGUCAUCUGGAAGAACGUCGCCGGUUCCGCGGGCUGUAUGUUGAUCCUGGUCAUACUGUACUCGGGCGUGUGCUGUUUUGGGUUGAGACUGUUCGGCUACAUCAAGAAUUCUAUGGCCAGCCACAACACAAAGAAGAUGAACCUGCAACUGUUACAGCUACUGCUGAUACAGGCAGUCGUGCCGCUAUUCUUCGAGUACAUCCCGUGCAUAAUGACGGUGUUUGGGGGCUACCUGGGACUGCCCCUAUCCAACAGCUAUUCCCUGGUGGCACCCGUGUUCAUCUCUGGUUACGCCCCGAUGGAGGCGUUUGUGACGAUCCUCGGAUUUCCGGUUUAUCGUCGAAGGCUUUUCCGCUGCGCUCCGGUCCGACGGAUUGGAGUGAAAUACACAAAAUCUCAGCAGACGAUGACCCGAACGGAAACGGUCAAGUCU